AUGAAUAGCCGAAUAAAUAAGUCAUCAACUAGUAAAAAGGGAGCAUAUAAUUUUCGAAAUGUUGACUUAAAAAGUAAGAAGUUAAUUUCCAAAAAUAGUUCGAAGGAAUAUUCAGUACUAACGCAAAAGAAUAAUGAAAGGAAUAAGAGUAAUAGAAUAUUAUUUCCUGAAAAUAAAAAUACAACAAAUAAGGUUUUGCAAAAACAGUACAAUGCACAUAUGGACAGUAAUUUAAUGACCAAUGAGGAUGAUAAUGAUGAUAAUAAUGAUAAUAAAUAUGAUGAUAAUAAUGAUAAUAAAUAUGAUGAUAAUAAAUAUGAUGAUAAUAAUGAUGAUGAUAAUAAUGAUGAUGAUAAUAAUGAUGAUGAUAAUAAAUAUGAUGAUAAUAAUGAUGAUGAUAAUAAAUACGAUGAUAAUAAAUACGAUGAUAAUAAAUACGAUGAUAAUAAAUACGAUGAUGAAAAGAAAAUAAAUGGAAAAGAUUCUUUCAAUAAACAAGUAAAAAAUGAUUCUAAAAAGAUGAAUAUACUAUUUAACACAAAUGUAAAGAAAGAUGGAGCUCUCCUUACUCCUUCAUGUAUAAGCACAAAAAGAGGAGUAGAAUUUAAAAAAGAUAAAGUGCAACUAUUUGCAAGUAAAAGUGGAAAAAACAUACAUAAACGUUUUAAAAAUAGAUAUAUUUCACAUAAUGAAAGACAAUCUAAUGCAAACGAUCUUGUUAGAAAUGUUAGGGGUGUACUCCAUUUAUGUCAAAGAGAAGAAAGGAAUGACCAUCCAGAGAAAAAAAUUAAAAGCGAUAUACCUAUUACCUGCAACAUAGAAGGGAAACGAAGAUCGGUCCAAUUUAAUGGAACAAUAAACAAUGCAACCCCUCUUUAUGAUGAUUAUUACCGCUCCGAUACUUCCCAAUGUGAUGAUGAAGAUAGUGAAGAUCGAAGAGAAGAUAGAAUAUGUUUUCUUUCGAACAAUACAUAUAGCAACAGGUUCAAUGCAGAACGACAUACCUUUGAAAGGAGCUCCGAUUUAGUAAAGGAAAAGAGUCUAAAUGUGAAGGAAAAAAACAAUCAUCUAUGUGCUAAGGGGAAUAUCAAUUCGGACAUCAAUUCGGGUGUAAAUUUCGAAAAAAUCUGUGUAAAUUCCAUGGUACCAAAUUACAAACACAAAAUAGUCCCAGGCAGUAAUGCUACUAGAACAUCUUCUAGUAAAUGUGAAGGAACCAGUAAUAGGAAUAGAUAUCAGAAUGAAAAAAAUAUGAAUUUUAAAAACUUGAAGAGGAACAACCCAUACAAUUUAAGAGAAAAAAAUAAAAAUGACUGUGCAUCAUAUCAAGGGGGAUCUAAACAUCAGAACGCUAAAAAUAUACAGUGUAACAAGGGGAAUAAAACAAAAAGUAGUGUUCCUAGCCAUGCACCGUACACCUCUACAGCUAAUGCUGCAAAAAAGGAUGGUCAGUACACAAAUGAUAACAAUAGCAUCAGCGGUAAUGCCAGCGGUAGUGGUGGCUACAGCGAUAACAACAGCGGUAGUAAUUUCACAAGCGGUAGCGGUAAUAGUUUCAAUAGAGGUUGUGGUAAUAAUGGUCUAACGAUGCAAGAAUUUACACGAAAGAGCCAUAACGAUCAGAAUAAGAGUUUGAACAAUUAUAAUAGAGAAUCUAAUAGUAUAAUGAGGAUUCCUCUCUACCCUAACAACAUGGAGGCUUUAUUAAAUAAAAAAAAGAAUGAAAACAUGAACAGUUCAUACAUGUCAAACGUACACAAUUUUCAAACUAUUUCAUCGAAAAAUAUAAGGAAUAAAACAGAAAUUCCUAUAAAAAAUUGUAUCAUGGGAAAACAAAAUAAUUUGUUAAAUCCACAAAGAAGUAGUAAUAUAUGUCAACAAGCAGACACUUCACUUUUAAAGAAAUAUAAUAUUCUAAAGGUAACGAGUACAAAAAGUUAUAUAUCUAUAAAUAAUAUUAAUAGUAAAAGUUUUCGUAGUUCUAUUAUUAAUUUGAAUAAUUCGAAAAAGAUCUUUCCAUCCAUUAACUGUGAUACAUCUAUUAUUAGUGAAAAACCUUUCACACACAUAUCUAAUAUAGCGGGUAGAGGAAGCCAACCCAAUUUUAUCAAUUCUAAUAUACCAAUUAGACAUAAUAAUAUACCUCAUAGAAGGGAUGAACAUAAGGAUCUUUCACAUGAUGAUCAUAUUGUUCAUGCUUCUAACAAAUGUAACACCUAUAAUAAAAAUGAAAUGUCUAAUGAUUAUUCUCAUCAAUUCUCCUUGCUUGGUUCAAAAAAAAGCAAGACUCAUGCAGUUAGAACUAACAUUAACAUGCAUGCAGAGCGUAGAAGUAGUACUCAAACAACACCACCUAGUCGCAUAAACACACAUAAACAUUUAAUUAAUGGCGAUGUGAAUCAUUAUUCCAAAAACAAAAAUUAUACCAGAGAAGGAAUGUCCAUUACUAUUAAUAAUGAAGGUGCUAAUUUUAAUAAUGAAAAUAAACAAUUAAUAAGUGGACCAAACGAUAUGAACAGUUCAUGUAAAAAAAGAGGAGAUUCUUCCUUGAACAAUUUUAACAAUAAAAACAUGCUAUACCUGAAACAUGAAAAUGUAAAAAAGGGUUUAACUUUUGAAGAAAUGAGAAGAAAGAGUUUUGAAGCCAUUCAUAUUGUAGAUCUACCUACAAAUAAUAAUAAUUUUAAAGAAAAAAAUAGAGAAUUGCAACACAAAAAUUUUCAUCUUUCUAUGGAAGAAAAAAAAGAUGAUGAUAGAAAUAGAAAAAAUUCAAGAUUUAUUGUUAACCAAACGAAAGAAUUAUUAGAAGCAAACUACAUAUUGAAAAAGAGAAAAUUAAAUGAGAAUGAUAAAAAAGGUAAGCAUCUUAUUACUCCUUCGUCGAUUACCAUAUCGACUCAAAAAAGGAAAACAACGAAUACCAGUAUACUUCUGAACGAUGAAAAAGGUAUCCGUAAUAGUGAUAACGCUACUAAUACUGGUAAGGUUAACCUCCUACGUAAUGAUAAAAUGCUCAUGUCUAAUUUUAUUCACGUAAAAAAUAAAAAGAUAAACAAAUAUAAUAAUUAUGAUAGAUUAAAACAUAUAAAAAUAGAUACUUCUGCCGUACAUGAUGAUACGAAUGAAUACUCACUUAGCAAUUCUUCUAAUGAAAAAAUUUGCAUUGACAAAAGUGACUUUAAGAACAACACAGAAGGAAAUAGAAAAGAUGAAAUUAUUUUUAACAAAAACAUAACAGGUAAUGUUCAAGAAAUGGGAAGUCUUCACAAAAUAUUAGGAAACGAAACUGUGCAUUAUGAAAAGCACAAUAAGAGUAAUAGUGAUCACCUAUGCUUACACAAUAAUGCAUUACUUAGUCGGGAUAGCAAGUCUACUAGCAGUAAUAGGAGUAAUAUAUUGAGCGCUGCAAAAUGGGGAGUUAACGAUAAUUCUGACCAGGAAUAUGGCACAGAUAAAACACAGCCAGACGAUUCAAACGACGUACAAGGCAGCAACAGGCGCAGUCGACAUAUUAAUGAUAAACAAAACGUGCAUGAUAGCAGAAUUUUUAACAAAAACGAAAAAGAGAUGCCCCAAGCGAAAACAAGGUUCUCUAAAAAGAAAGAAUUAAUUAUUAGUAAUGCUACUCCUGUUAAUACACUUACUGGGAGUAAUGGUACAUUGAACAAGAGAGUACAACCAGCGAACAUCACAACAGAGAAUGAGAAGAUGAGAGAGGGUGAUAAAACGAAGAACAAUUCAAACUUUUCGGAAUUAUGUGAAUGUUCAAAUGGAGCAACAAACGAGUACAAAAGUGAAGGCAUGCCAACUGAAGAUGAUGCUAGAGGCGUUGCACGCCCCGAAAUCCCAUGCAGGGGUAUCCAGUCGGUAGCUACAAGAAGCCUAAAGAACACUGCGAAUGACCAAAAUAAUAUGGUUAUUCAAAAAAAGAAAGACAUAAUCCAAAUAGGAGAUGAUAAGGAAAAGGGCAUUACAAAAAUGACUGCAGAACCAUUUCUUACACAGAAAGAGAAGUUAACAAAUCAGAAGAAAGAUAGACAUGGUACCCUAUGCAUGCAAAAAAAUAGCGACAGUGAAAAGGAGAAAAAGCUAGGUUAUCAUAAAUAUUUUUAUGAACAAAAAGAGGUAUCAAAUAAUAUGAAUAAUUCUGGGGAACGUUUUAUUUCCUUUAAGGAUGGGAAAUAUUCCAACGAACGUAAUAGAAGGAAAGGACUGGAAAAAGUGAAUACAUAUAAAGACAUAAAUGAAAAACUCAAAAUUACAAACAGCAAGGACGAUAUAACACAUUUUCAUGCGAGCAAAAAUAAAGAAGUAGGUAUGAAGUUUUUCCAAGGAGAAGAAAAACAAAAAAUUGCAAAUAUUACAAAUGCCAUAAGAAAAGACGAAAAAUAUCAUUUAGUUAUUGCUAGCAAAAGCAGGAAUAACUCCGAUGUGCCUGCAGCACAAAUGAGAAGAGUGAACGAAGGUGUAAAGGAAGGUGGUACGGAAAGUACUAAAAAUUUCCUAGGUUCCAAUGGAAUUGUAGUUCAUCUAGGAUCAGAGGAAGUAAUGAUCACUCAACGUAAAAUGAACAUCCAAAUGACAAGCAGUCCUCUUACGACACAAGAACGGGAGGGCGAUAUAACAAGUGGAGAUGAUUACACUGAUGAAGGUAAAAUACCCACGAAAAAAGAAAAAGAAAUAAAAGAUAUGAAAGAGAUGAAAGAGAUAAAAGAAGAAAAAAAAGAUAUUAAUAAAAAAGAAAAUAGCGAAAAACAAAUUAUUGAAAAAGGAAAUAAUAAAAAUGAAAUUAGUGAAAAAGAAAUUAAUGAAAAAGAAAUUAAUAAAAAUGAAAUUAGUGAAAAAGAAAUUAAUGAAAAAGAAAUUAAUGAUAAACAAACUUGUGAAAAACAAAUUUGCCAAAAACAAAUUUGCCAAAAACAAAUAUGCGAAAAACAAAUAUGCGAAAAACAAAUAUGCGAAAAACAAAUGGGUGAUAAAGAAAUUUUCGAAAAGGAAAAAAUUCAUUGCAAUAUUUACCCCAGUGAUAAUAAUAAGGACCGCACUGAUGAGUUAAAAAAUUAUUCCAAUUUUUCAAAAAAAAAAAAUUCAAAGGAAAAAAUAAUGCACGUGUCUGAGGAAGCAAUUAAUGCAAAAAAAAAUAUAUUAGAUUGUGGCAAUUCUUAUGAUUGUUCUGAAUAUGAUCAUGCAAAAAAAAAGAUGAAACAACCACUGGUGCGCAACUGCCAUAUUGAUUGUGAGAAGCUUGGCGAAAAAAUAUUGGGCGACAAAUUAUUGGGUGAAAAAAUAUUGGGCGAAAAAAUAUUGGGCGAAAAAAUAUUGGGCGAUAAAUUAUUGGGCGAUAAAUUAUUGGGCGAUAAAUUAUUGGGCGAUAAAUUAUUGGGCGAUAAAUUAUUGGGAAACAAAUUAUUGGGCGACAAAAUGGAUGGCAAAAUAAUUGGCAAUAAAAUAAUUGAUGAUAAAAUAAAUAGCGAUAAAAUAAAUAGCGACAAAAUAAAUAGCGACAAAAUAAAAAGCAACAAAAUAAAUAGCGACAAAAUAAAUAGGGACAAAAUAAAUAGCGACAAAAUAAAUAGCGACAAAACAAUUAACGACAAAACAAAAAAAAAAUACAAUUUGAGAAAUACGAAAGAAUGUUAUGAUGACCUAAAUAACAAAUUUAAACAAAAAUAUUCUGGUAAUUUGCAGAGUGAUAAUUUUGUCAUUUUGCUAAAUAACAAUACAAAAAAAAAAAAUUUAUUCGAAAAAAAAAAAAAAAAAAAACAGGGACAGCAAGGACAUCAAGAGGGCGAGAAGGAAGAAGACGAAAAAGAAGACAAGAAAGAGGACAAAAAGGAGGGCGGAAAACUGGACAACAAGGAAGACAAAGAAGACGAAAAACAGGAUAGCGAAGAAGGCGAAAAACAGGAUAGCGAAGAAGGCGAAAAACAGGAUAGCGAGGAAUGCAAAAAACAGGAUAGCGACGAAUGCGAAAAACAGGAUAGCGAGGAAUGCAAAAAACAGGAUAGCGAGGAGGGCGAAAAACAGGAUAGCGAGGAAUGCAAAAAACAGGAUAGCGAGGAGGGCGAAAAACAGGAUAGCGAGGAAUGCAAAAAACAGGAUAGCGAGGAGGGCGAAAAACAGGAUAGCAAGUCAGACGAAAAAGAAAAGCAUACCAUGAAUAACGCAGUUCAGCCGAAUAACAAAAAAAAAAUUCUUAAUGUAGAGAAGAAUAAAUACACAACUGCGCCAAAUAGAACAACAAUGAAUAAGCGAAAUAUUCCCCCAAGACAGAUGAUCACUAAUGUAACGGAGUUAUCCUCCAUUAACAUUAAAAAAAGGAAAACAGUUGGAACAAAUAUCUUGAAGGGAUCUGCUCCUCAUCCAUCAAGUAAUUGUGUAUCCGAUACGUUGAAUAAUAAUCCAUGUAAUGAUAUAAAUGGCAGAAGAGGCCAUCUCCAUGAGGGUGCUCACUGGAAUCAGAACACCUAUAGCUACUGCAGCAGUUCUUGCAGUAGUAGUAAGUAUAGAAACAAUAGUUAUACCCUCAGCAAUUACGGAGAAAGUGAAAUGGAAAAAGACAGGAUGACCAUUUUAAAAAGUAAUUUGAUUUAUAAUGGUGUUAACAGGUCUUGUAUAAAUGAGAAGGAGAAUUAUAGUAGUACAACCAACUCUUUAUAUGAAGGAGUAAAUAUAAAAGAAAAUAGCUCAACGAAUAUAUCAGACUUAAAUGAAAGUAGUAUAACAAACAGCAACUCAAGACGAGUCUUACCCAAUAAAAAACAGAUAGAAAAUUUCAUUUUGACUAUUGAUAAAUCGCAUAGUGAAAAAAAGAGCACAACAAAAAAUGACAGCUGGAAUAUAAUCAAAAAGGACGGUGUUAAUAGGUAUUCCCUAUCAAGUGAUAUGCCAUCAUCCCAUAUUAAUGAUUUACAGAAUGGAAGAAAAGAAAAUAAUAGAACAACCUAUUUUAAGGAUAUAUUAUUUUGUGAAACAGAUAAUAUACACAAUAGUGAAUGUGGUAGUAAUUAUGAGGAUAGAAUACGGAGUGGUAGUAGCAGCAGUAGUAGGUAUUCUUUUAACUCAUUCAAUGGCUUGACUUUAUCUUUAAAUAACGAGCAUAUCCAAGGUAGGAAGUGCGACAUCAGUGAAGACAACCUAAGCAUUUUUCUAAACUCGCUUAUAUCAAGCAUGAGUGAAGGAAAGGAAGGAAAUAACAUAAAAAUGGAGGACUCGAGGGGGGAAGACGUACAUAGCGGCCCCUUGCAUAAUAGUCCAUUGCAUAGCAGCCCAUUACAUAGCAACCCAUUACAUAGCAACCCAUUACAUAGCAACCCAUUACAUAGUAGCCCCCUACACAGUAACCCAUUACAUAGUAGCCCCCUACACAGUAACCCACUACACAGUAACCCACUACAUAGUAGCCCCCUACACAGUAACCCACUACACAGUAACCCACUACACAGUAACCCACUACACAGUAACCCACUACACAGUAACCCACUACACAGUAACCCACUACAACGUAACGACGUCUUUUCGAGCAAGCGAGGGAGCUCAUUGUUCCCGUGGAACUCCCACAACGAAUUAAAUAAAAGUAACAUGCAUGGCAAUUUUUCAAACCACGCGGAUGAGGAAGGAAAAGACGAGAAAAUGAUAACACGUAGAGUAUCAAAAGAGCGCAUUAUAAAACUUAUCGGCUCGAAUAAUGUAGAGAACCGCGAAAGAGAGCAAGCGCAUGUUCAGUAUAACCAGUUAAGUUUCCUAAAAGAGGUGUCAGAAAAGAUUUAUAAUAAUAGUGAAUACAAAAAUAUCAUCAAUAAGAUUAUGUGCAAUGAAAAUAAAAAUUAUGAUAAGGACUGUUUAUCUUAUUACACAGAUUUACACAAUGAUGGUAACAACAAGGAAGGCAGUACAAGUCUUAGCUGUUGUAGUAAAAGAAACAAUUGCAUUUACGAUAAUAGCCUCCUCUUUUUAGAGAGUAAACUAAAGAAUAUGAUGGUACAGUAUGCUCUAUGCAACCAGUUGAAUGUUAGUAUUAAUGCAUCAUCAUAUGAUGAAGUUGAGAAUGAACUAAUCAAAAACUGUUGUUCUUCAAAAAUAAGAGAAUUAAUACAUAAUGAAAAGGAUUAUGAAGAUUUAACAAAAGGUAAUAAUAGUACGAAAGAUGAGUAUAUCAAUGAUAUUAACAAAAGAGCACAAAUUAAUGAUAAUAUUUUUGAUAUUGACAAAAUACACCCAUGUAAUUGUAUGCUUUGUUUAAAGAACGAUGUUAUCGGUGCAAAUGUAUCGCAUAACAAUCCUUUAAGCGAGUUUUAUCAUAACAAGGAAAAAGACUGCUUAAGGGAAGCACUCGCGGAGUAUAAUAACGACACACCCGUGGAUGAAAAAAGAAGAAAAAAAAUCAUCUCCGGCAAUGGUAAUAACCACGACAACAACAAUAAUGGUAACAACAAUAGAAGUGAUAGUUGGGGCAGUAGGGACAACCAAGAUAGUACCGAUAGGUGUGAUAACCGAGUGCGUAACAUGAGUCACAUUAAGACGUUCAUUCAAAAUAUAUGCAACUUGAAUAACCAAGAAAAUAAAAAAUUUUAUGAUAUCUACAUUAGCAAAAUGAAAAACAAAGAGUACCAACUUGGCAAGUUUGCAAUGUCCAAAAAUUACACCCAUUCUAGUAGCUGCGAAUGUAUAAAUAGCUACAAACCUAGUGAUUCCCCAGAUAGCCCUAAGAAAUUUCGAACCACGAGAACUGAAUCACUUAGGGCAGGUAGUAACGUAGUAAAUUUCCCCAGUACAGAUGAUCAAAUAGUAAGUAGUAUCCUUCACUCGAAUGGAUUAAGUGGGUUAAGCGGGUUGACUGGCUUAAACCGAAUAACCGGAAUUACCGGAUUACCUGCAGAAUCUUCCAAUAAGUUGGAUGCAUGCAAUGUAAGCGGGACAGCUAGACCUAAGAUUAGUUGCAUUGACAGUAAUGAAAAAGAAUACAGAGAGAGAAGUAUUAUGGAGACAGCAAGAAUGAUCGGAUUGUCAACUGGGAAUAAUGAUACUGAAGGAGAAUAUCCAGAAUAUUUAGAUAGUUUCCAAAAUUUUCCAAGUAAAAAUAUCUUAAAAUAUAUGAACAUGACAGAUAUAAUAAAAGAUCAGAAGGGAUAUGAGGAAGAAGAGGAAAAAAACAAAAAUUAUUUGUCAUCAAGUAAUUAUGCACAUAUGGAUCCAGCAAGAGUAGAAGGUAAGGAAAUGUACCAAACCAUCUUUUCAGAUAUAAACAAGGAGUGUAAUCAUAUUUUAAAUUUUGCGAACAAUGAAAAGAGUUUACAAAAUGCACAUCCAAGUGGUCAUCUAAAUGAGGGGAUGUGCAUAAACAGAGAGAACAGUGCACAAGAAAAUUACAGCUAUUCUCAUAUCAACAGUAGUAACAACAUUCAAACAAAAGACAAUAAUUUGUUAUUUCAGAAUGUUAAAAAUUUGAUUACAAGUAGUAGUAGCAGUAAUAGUAGUAGUACUUAUAGUAGUAUAAAUAUCGGUGCAAAGCCACAAUCCCUGACAAGUUAUCACGUAUCUAAUUUGCAUAAUAACUAUUUUAGAUUAGGCAACGUUAACUACUGUUACGAUAUUAUGAAAAAUUAUUACUCCGCUUUGUUUUUAGACGCACACAUGGGUAGAAGCAGAGCAAGAGGGGAAGCAGGAGAGGAAGCAGUAGCAGCGGCAGUAACAAUGGAAGCGGCAGCGACAACAGCAACUGUGGAAACCCCAUCUUGGAGUAAUACCAGUGCCAAUACUACUAUUAUGUCAAACCAUGAGUGCCGUCAUUGCAAAAACAUGAUCAACGAAACGGAAAAGGAAUUUUCGAAUGAACAAACUGCGCAAGAUAUGCACAAGGAGAAGAGUGUAGUGAGUUUUAUCAACAUGAAUAUAUUAAACGAAAAUGCUCUGAAUGUAAAACAGAAUAAGAAACCGUAUGAGUCGUACGUACCACUUAAACCUUCUUUUGUUCCCCAUAAGAAAUAUCGUUACUUCAGUAAGAAUAACAUACACACUGAACAAGCAGCACUAAAUCAGAACUUCCAUACAUUUCAAGGAGUAAAGGGAGAUGAAAAAAAAAUGCAGAUUAGCAAAGUACCUAUCGUUGAGGAAGUAACAAAAGAUCAAAAGAACAAUACAUUGAAGAAAAAAAGAUACUCACCUAAAUAUAAAUCAAGUGAAAAGGAAAAAGGCUCAGUUAAUUAUUCAUUAAAUGCUCAUGAUGAUAAUUAUAAAAAGGUUUAUAUAAAAGAGCGUAAGUACAUAAAGGGAGAUGGAAAUGAUAAAAGAGUGUGUGCAAAAAAUGAGGAAAGCUAUCUACUCAAAAAUGGAUACAUGAAUCUAAGGAGAAAACAAGAUACGACUAAAAUUUUAGGGAGUGGUGAUCAUACAAAAAGGGACCCUCCUGAUAAGGUCAAGCGAGAUAUGUCAAGCCCCCCCUUUGUGUGUAAACAGAUUCAUAAUGUUGCAACUGCAGCUAUAGAAGGUACGAGUAGCAGUAAUAGUAAUAUCAACAAUAAUAGUAUCAGCAGUAGUAAUCUUAUCAAUAACAAUAGCAGUAGUAAUACACCGCUACUUCAUAAGCAGACGUCGUUAAACGAACCAAUGAACAUACAUAAAGAGAAAUGUAAACGUGCAGGCCUCACGAAUGAAGCAUUGCCAUUGGAUAAGCCUAAGGACUACGAACAUAUUGUAUGCAUAAUAGAUAGUGCUACAGAUGAUGAAACUCUUUCAAAGAUACAUGGUAAAGGAGUUAGAGGAAGAAAAAUAGAAAAUGCAAAUUUGGAUGAACAUAGACUAUCGCAAAAGGGUGUGGAUGGAAACACAGGAGGGGACAAGGAAAGCGUUGGAAGUCCUUUACAUGUAGACAAGUUGGACAACGCAGAACUUGUAUGUAAAGAAGUGGCGAGUGAGUUAGGGAGCAGGUUAGGAAGCAAGUUAACAAGCGAGUUAGAUAGUCAGUUAGGUAUACAGUUAGAUAAUCAGUUAGACAGACAGUUAGAUACGCAGUUAGAUAAUCAUUUAGAUAAUCAUUUAGAUACCCAGUUAGAUACCCAGUUAGAUAAUCAAUUAAAUAUCCAUUUAGAUACCCAAUUAGAUACCCAGUUAGAUAAUCAAUUAAAUAGCCAUUUAAUUAUUGGGAAGGACAACCAGGAAGAAGGCCAAAAUUGUGGUAACCAUCAGUACAGUGCAGAUGUGUUCAUGUUAAUAACAAAUAGAAGUAAUAACGCUCGCAGCAACAUCAGCAGUAACGGUAGUAUUAGCAAUGGAGGAAGUAGUAACAUAGAAAGCACGGACACUCGGGAGAAGACCACUUGCCGCACGGAUGAUAUUAAUGUUGAGGGAAAUUUUAAAAAUCAUCUUUCGGAAGCGGAAAAAUUGAAUAGAGAUAUACCCUAUAUAACUAAUAUAUAUAAAGAAAUGCACAGGUCCCCUGUGAUGCCUUUACGAAUAGAAGCCUUUCAUUCGUUGGAGGAUCAAAGAUUGAUAUAUGGAAAACCCGACUGGCAAAAAUAUUUAUGUCCUUUAUGUGAUAAAAAAUAUUAUCCGCCUAAUAGCUACGUUAAGAAUUAUACUCACUACUUAAACGAGCAUUGGAAGGGUAGGAAAACGCUCGGUGGUUACAUAAUAUUCCCCUGUAAACUUAUACACAAUAGUGUCAAGAGGGAAGCACAUACAGAAGUGGGUGUAGAAGUGGGUGCAGAAGUGGGUGCAGAAGUGGGUGCAGAAGUGAGUGUAGAAACAAAUGGAGACGUAGAAGGAGAUGGAAGAAAAAGCAGGUCAUACGUAAAAAUAAACAAAAAAAUGAAAAGAAAAAAAAAAUUUUUCACCGACCCACAUUACCAUUGUCCACUGUGUUUAAAUAUAUACUUUUAUGAUUAUGAUUUGUUAACGAAUCACUGUAUGGAAUUACACAAAUCCUCGGGAGCCGACCCUACGAGGACAUUACCCUCUAACCUUGUACACACACCUUUUACUAAUAGUAACGAUUACUACUGCACUAUAAAAAAUGCAGAUUCAGAGGCAAGCAAUAAUAAUAAUAGUGACAAUAGCAGUGAUAAUAGCAAUGGUAUUAGCGGAAAUAAUAGCGGCGGUAAUAGUGGUCAUAAUAAUACUGAUAAUUCAUCUUUGAAUGAGUUCCAAAUGGGUGAAGGCUCUUUCUCUUCUAGUCAUACGGGCAAUGACCCUGCACACGUUGAUCCUUCAUCUUCAUCUGGAAAAUUCAAGUACUCGAAUGACAACAAAAGAAAGUCAAAACAUAGACGAACGAGCAAAGUCAUUUUUUGUGAUGCAAUCCAAGUUAGGGAGUAUGAUAUUGAGCUAUCGAAGAUUGAGAAAUUCGGAGCGAGUAUUGGACCUGUGUUUACAGAAGAGAAAGAGACGAGUGGAAGUGACAAAGGGGAGGGAAGUGGUGAAGGUAAAGAAGCGGAAGUUCAGAAAGAAGUGGAAGUUCAGAAAGAAGUGGAAGUUCAGAAAGAAGUGGAAGUUCAAAAGGAAGUGGAAGUUCAGAAAGAAGUGGAAGUUCAGAAAGAAGUGGAAAUUCAGAAAGAAGUGGAAGUUCAAAAGGAAGUGGAAGUUCAGAAAGAAGUGGAAGUUCAAAAGGAAGUGGAAGUUCAGAAAGAAGUGGAAGUUCAGAAAGAAGUGGAAGUUCAGAAAGAAGUGGAAGUUCAGAAAGAAGUGGAAGUUCAGAAAGAAGUGGAAGUUCAGAAAGAAGUGGAAGUUCAAAAGGAAGUGGAAGUUCAGAAAGAAGUGGAAGGGUCGAAAGAAGCGGAAAAUAAUCCAAAUGACAAACAUAUGGCGGAAGAAGGGGCAGAAAUUACUGCAGUGGUCAAAGUGGCGAAGGGGGAAAACAACACGAAUGAUGGACAAAAUCAUCAAGGAAAUAAAGAAACUACGAAGGAUAAAGAUAGUAAAAUGAACCCAAGUGAUAGUAUUAUCAUUACAAGAGGCUCCAAAAAUGAAAGCAAUAUUACAAUUAUGGAAAAAAUAAAAAAAAAAAAUGAAAAGGAAGAUCUUAAUGUACUCCACAAGGAAGUAGAAACGAACAAUAGCUCUUCCAAGGAAACAAUACAAGGAAGCAAUAUAAAAAUAAAUGAUAAUGAACGUAAAUAUGGCAAAAAGAAAAUUAUCGAAAGGAAAAGGAAUAAUAAACAUCAGUCUAAUUUGAAAAAUUUGAAUGGUAAUUAUAAAAAAUGGGGAAGUAAAACCUUCAUCGAUAACACAUAUUUAAGUGAACACAAUGCAGACUACAUAGAGGGUAAUAAAAAUAGUGAGGGGAAAAUUAUUGAGGUCAAAGUUGGUAAGACCCCUAGUAAUGACGCAAAUAGUAACCAUAAUAAUACCCCCAGCAGUAGUAACGAUGGUACAUAUCAUAAAGCCAAGGAAAACGAAUUUGACCGCGGUGAUAAAGAUAUGCUAAUAAUGCAUGAUAAAACUGGUGAAAAGUUUUACGGUACGUUCUUAGAUGAACAGGUGGAAGGUAGUAAUGAAGCAGGGGGAAUAACAGAGGGGGGAGCUAAUCAUAUGAAGGUAGCGUAUCAGGAUGAUCAGACGAGUGAAAUGCAUAAGAUUGAUAAGAUUGAUGAAAACUCAAGUGGCGAUAAUACGGAUAAUUCUCGUAAAUUUUUCCUGAGCAAGCAAAGCGGAGAAGACACACAAACUGAGAACAAAAGCGAGUUACUCACAACCCUUUUCAGCAUCGACAGUAUUUCCAGCAGCGGUAACAAGACCAUCCCUUUCUCGUGCCUAUUAUAUGAAGGAUCUCUUCAAAUUAAAGAACAACCACUAAACGAAAUAUUACUUGAAAACAGAAUUGAAAAUAGUAAAGAGCAUACAUUUACACCGAUUAAAAAACGAAUAGGUGGUAAACGUAUAAAGAACAGUGUUGGUGAAAUUCAUAAGAAUAUUAUGUCUAAAUAUAAAAGGAAAAUUAAAAUAUGUACAAUGAAUGAAAAGAAAAAUGAACCCGCAUCCAUUUUUGAUUUCAAAAAUUAUGAUAAUAUUUAUAUGCCACCAAAAAAUAUGAGGCUAAAUUUGAAAAAUGAAAAAGAAAAUCGUAUUUUGAAAAAGGUUAUAAGACAGAAAAAAAAGGAAAAAAUUGUACCCCUCAAGUUAAAUUGCAGGCAAAGCGCUAGACUCAAAAAUAAAAAUAAAAUAUCGACUUAA